UUUUUUUUUUUUUUUGAUUCAAAAUGCCUAGCAUCAAGUGGCUCCUCACUGUGGCUAGCUGCCUAGGACCGGUUCUUGCAGCUCCCACAGCCACUACCCAGAUGAACAAGCGGGCUUCCGCUAACGAUGCUGCCUUUGGCUUUGCCAGUCUGAACGGAGGCACCACCGGUGGUGGAUCAGGCGGCACGACCACCACCGUUUCCUCAUACGCCCAAUUCACUGCCGCCGUGGCCAACGACGAGCCCAAGGUCGUGGUUGUUGGCGGACCCAUCACGCAGGCCGCAAAGGCCGUCAAGGUCGGCAGCAACACGAGUAUCCUGGGCAAGGACUCCAAGGCCGUUCUCACGGGGUUCGGACUUCUGGUCAAGAAGAAGAAGAACGUGAUCAUCCGGAACCUGGGCGUGAAGAAGGUACUGGCGGCGAAUGGAGACGCCAUUGCGGUGCAGGAAUCUACCAAUGUGUGGAUUGAUCACUGCGAUGUCUCGUCUGACCGCGACCACGACAAGGAUUACUACGACGGGUUACUAGACGUCACCCACGCAGCCGACUACGUGACCAUCUCCAACACCCUCAUCCACGACCACUGGAAAGCGUCGCUGGUCGGCCACUCCGACAAAAACGGCGCCCAAGACACCGGCCACCUCCACAUCACCUACGCCAACAACCACUGGGCCAACGUGAACUCGCGCGGGCCCUCGAUCCGCUUCGGCACGGCCCACAUCUACAACAACUACUUCGAGAACGUGAACCACGGCGUCAACACCCGCGACGGGGCCCAGGUGCUCGUGGAAUCGAACCAGUUCGUGGGCGCGACGAAGCCGCUCUACUCCACCGACAAGGGCUACGCGGUUGCGAAAGACAACGACUUUGGCAAGGGGGGGGGGAACCAGGCUCUGGCGGGGACGUUGACCGGCGUCGAGUAUAAAUAUAGCCUGGUUGGAUCGGGGAAGGUCAAGGCGGCGGUUGUUGGGACUGCUGGACAGACUCUUACUUUCUAGAUCGCUUUUAGGUCGCCAUUCAUUACUGGCCUUUUUUGAGGGAGCCUCUUGAGUUUCCUAUUCUUCCUUUCUCAAUUAGCUAGGAUGAGAAUCUUGAUAUAUAUAUAUAUAUAUUCGUGUAUUGCUGGGUAU